AUGAACUAUUUCUUCUUCCACCAUAGUCUUUUUCCGGCGAGAGCUACUCUAUUUUCUUCAUCUUCUCUUCGAUUGUUCUGCAUCUCCGUGGUUUUGUUGAUGGGUGCGGCGGAUCUCUUGAGAACUAAGUUCCCGUCUUCCUUUCUCAUGCUGCUGGAACCGUCACCUGAGACGACAAAGCUCAACUCUAACCGCCGUUGCCGUUUCCCUUCCCCCAUUGUCAGGCCUAUACUUCUAGCCGGAGAACUUGGUUCAUCUGAUCUCGAUAUCGCAGUGGGCUUCUUCUCCGCUGGUGAUUUUCCGAGAUUGGCUGUCGCUACCACUAUACCUACUUUUGUCGGCAAGAUUGUGAGAUGGGCCACAUGA